GGAACUGCGAUUUUAUGGUUAGGCGUCUGUUCAGUUAUCUGCUUCAAUUAAACAUACUGGGAAUUCAUAUGUCAUUCGCAUAAACAUGGUUGCUUACGUAUUCCAAAUUAUCGAUUGGGUUUUUUCUUUUUCCAAAAACAACCAGUACAUUGAACUGAAUUGAAUUGAAUGCAGAAAGUAACAUUAUCUGUCAUUAAUAAAUCAGAAGUAAUAUUCAUCAAUGAUGAAGUGUAAUUGCUGUUUACAAACUCAAGUUGAAAAUAUUGGUCCUGCUAUAUCUGUACUAGAGGGAAACAUUGAAGAUGGUGAUGUUCUACAAGAAAUUGGUAAUGCUCAAUAUACAUUGGAGUUUCUACGACAAAUUGUUCAACAAUCCGCUAGAAUUAUUGAUGAAUCACCUCCAGCUUACGAAGAUUUUGAUAAAUAUCCUACAUUAAGCAAAUAUCAAACUCCUCUAAAAGACUCCACUCCAGUUAAACCAUGUACACAACAACCUCGUCAAUUUGCACAACGUGAAUUUGACCAAUUUGUCAAUGCAUCCACAGUUUCAUGGAGAGAACCAUAUCCAAAACCACAAGGUGACCCACCACCGGCUAUGUUCAACUGGCUACUUAAUCGAUUUGAUUCUUUUCGUCAAAGUAUCAUGAGUCGUUUAUCCAAUCAAAGUAAUCAAAAUCGAGCAUCCUCAGUGUUCAGUACACAUAGUGAAUCUAAUUUCGUUGUUUCCUCACCGGUCAGUCUUCCUAGACUUAACAGUCAUCCAGAACCUUCGAAUUCACUGCCUCCUCCUAUACAAUCAACUGAGAUAAUGGAGUCAAAUUCUUCACAGUUAACUAACAAUUCAAAAGUAACACGUUCACCAUCAUCAACUUCUGAAUUCAGUACAAUAUCGAUAGAUUGUACAACUAAUGAUGGACAACAUAUAAUAACAGUAACUUCUGCAUCACCUAAUCAUCACCAACAGAAUAAUAAUCAAGCUGCAGAGUCUAGUUGUAUUGAUGUACUACUACAGAAGAAAAGUGUAAUAGAACAUGAUUCCGAUAUAGAACAAGUGGAUACAUGUCAAACAGAUUCACAAAAUGAUAACUACAAUGUUACUACUAAUGAUGAAAUCAAUCAAUCAGUCGUCUACGAUUGAUGAUUAAUCAGUAAAUAUAUUUUUUUUUUAGGCCAUAAUAAUAACAUACUUUUUUUUGUAUAAAAUGUUCUCUCGUAUGGAAUAUGGCAUACACAUGAUGAUGAUGUUGCUGUUUUAAUUCACACACACACACACACACAGUGUAAUUAUUGGCAAUUUAUUCAAUAUGAACAGAGAUAAAAAAAUAUUGUUGACACAGUAUGAAAUGAAUGAAUGAUUCAUGUAAAUAAUUUGAAACAAAAGAACAACUUUGUUCAAUCGUCAAUUUACGCUCAAUAAAAUGCUUUAUUGUAUUUUAAUGUUGGUUUGAGUUAAAAUGUAUUAUAUUCUCUCCUCUUUUAUUUUUGCUGACAAAUUAUGUUUUCUAUGAUAUCUUAUCAUGGUUUAUUUGAAAUUAUCACUCUGUCAAUCUUACUCUCUCUCUCAAUCUCUCUAUCUAGUGUAAUCGUUUGUUGUGACUAAAUCUUGAGUUCUAUUUUUGUUUAUAGAAGAUACUAAUUUUUCUUACAUAUAUACAUAAAUAAAUGUACGUACAAUUUCUUGUCUCUCCACUUUUACUUACUACAUUUUGCUAAUUAGCAUAUGACUAUUAUUAUGUUAGUGGUGGUAUUUUGUAUAGUAAGUAGUUCAUACGAUGGAGGUUUUAUCAGCAUAUAUAUAUAUAUAUAUAUAUAUAUAUAUAUAUAUAUAUAUACAUAUAUAUAUAUUAAUAGUAGUAGUUUUUAACAAAACCACUUAGGAAGUUGUUUCAAUGUAGCCGCCGCCGCCAACACACAUUACCAGACUACGCUAUUAUUGAACAUAUUUGCAUUUAUCAAUAUUGACUUUUGAUCAAUGUAUUCAUCAUCAUUUGUAUUGUGUUGUUAUUUCAUUGUAAUAAACGUUAACAUCAAUAAGAAAACACAAUAAUGUAUACACAUAGUGUGUGUGUAUGUAUUGGGGAAAAAUUUCUUUUUUCUGAUGUAAUAAACCACUAAAGAAAAAAAU